AUGCAUGCAGGCGAUACGCAUGUGCCCCUGCUGAGGAAACACCAGCAGCAGCAGCAGCAGCAGCAGCAGCUGCAGCAGCUGCAGCAGCAGGGGGAGCAGCAGCAGCAGCAGGGGGAGGAGAAAGAGGAGGAGGAGGAGGGGCUGGGAGGAGAAAGACAGAAGGAUAGGGAGACACUGCAGCAGCAGCAGCAGCAACAGCAGCAGCAGCAGCAGCAGCAGGAGCAGCAGCAGGAGCAGCAGCAGCAGCAGAAUUUGCCUCGACUUGACCUAAGAAAGCUAAAUGCAACACAAACAAUAUGGGAGGGGCCCCGUACCCUAGAAGACAGAGAGCAGCAGCGCAGAGCAGCACAGCAGCAGCAGCAGCAGCAGGCAGCAGCAGACACCACCAGCAGCAGCAGCAGCAGCAGCAGCAGCAGCAGCAGCAGCAGCAGCAGCAGCAGCAAGGAUUUUAUCGUUGUCUUGACCUUCAACUGUGUGAAGGUGGCGUUCUGCUUCAGCGAUAGAAUCACCGCGGAGACCUUCCAGCUCUCCACCGCCCUGCUAGCCAGAAGAGCCAAAGAAGUACAGCAGCAAUCUACAUUUUCUGCGUUUGUUUCUCUUGCUGAGAGCCUCCCCUUCACCCCGCGAGCAGCAAAGCAAAUACUGCAGAUGCUAGCAGCACCUCUGUCUCCUAGACCCCUCAGCAGCAGCAGCAGCAGCAGCAGCAGCAGCAGCAGUGGUGGUGGUGGCUGGGGACGGAAUGCAUGGCAGCAGCAACCGCAGCAGCAGCAGCAGCAGCAGCAAGAAGCAGAAGAAUCUGGGCUCCUCUGCAGCUGCUGGGGGCCCCCAGAAGGGUACAAAGGGGGGCCCCCAGGAGGGUACAGGGGGCCCCCCCCUGCUGCUGCUGAGCUCUUCGCUGCGGGGCCCCCGUACCCUCACCCUGGGGCCGGCAGAGGGCCGCCCUGGUAG